AUGCGCGGGGCGGAGGUGGCGGUGUCCAGCGGGAGCAUGACGAAGACAGAUACGUCCAAGCUCGAGGGCGGCGCGCCUAGCAGCGAGAGCAGCGGGACCGUGCCCGGGAGGCGCGAGAGCGUGUGCAGCAAGGUUUCCCACGCGACGCCCGCCGCGGGGCGCCAGGGGAGGACGUCGAACAUCGUGGAGGGAGCGGCGUGUGGCGUGGGUUGGCUGGGGGCGUGGAGGCGCUGUGGUGGUGCGAUGUUGUCGGUAUAA